GCAGAGCACAGCACAGUACAGCACAGCAGAGCAAGAUGGAGGAGGCGGACCUAAGUGAAAGAGGAUUGCCGCAAAUUGCAUCAAUCAUGAAUAGAGUUAGAAACUUGAAAAACAAAUACAGAAAUGAAGACAAUAUCACAGAUGAGCUUAACUGUACUAAAAUCUCAGCUGAUACAACAGAUAACUCUGGAACUGUUAAUCAAAUAAUGAUGACAGCAAAUAAUCCCGAAGAUUGGCUAUGUUUUUUGCUUAGACUAGAGAAAAAGGGUGUUCGUCAGAUGGAUGUUAGCCUACUGAAUAGACUCAUUGGUCGUUACAGUCAAGCGGUGACUGCAUUGCCUGCAGAAAAGUACAGUGAAGAUGAGAGCUAUGCUCGCAUCCUCGUGAGAUUUGCUGAGUUGAAAGCUCUUCAGGAUCCAGAGGAGGCACGGGACCAAUUUCAUCUGGCCAGACUGAACUGCAAGAAAUUUGCUUUUGUGCACGUGGCUUUUGCACAGUUUGAGCUAUCACAAGAAAAUGAGAAGAAGUGUAAGCAGAUCCUUCAGAAAGCUGUGGAGUACUCUGCUGUUCCACUAGAAAUGUUGGAAACUGCUCUGCAAAACUUUCAUUUGAAAAAAAAGCAGUUACUUUCAGAUGAGGACAAGGAGAAUUUAGCAGUAUCAAGCACACAGGAGUCUGGGCUUCAGAAUAUAGUUGGAAAUCACAGAAGCAUAAAAAGGAAUGAUUCUGGUGAAAAUUCUUCUACUCUUAACAAACUGUUUUCUGGGGAAGAAAAGUCCCAGGAACUUGGUGCUCUAGUUAAUUAUCACAAUCCAUUGAGACCACUAAACAAAUCUAACCAGACUUGCCCAUUUGGGAGGGUUCCUGUUCAACUACUGUGUGAUGAUGGUGAUGAUGUGGAGAAUUCAGAUGUCAUCCCACUUACGGCUAGUGUUAUGAAGAGGCAGACAUCCAGCUCCAAAUGUACCGCUUUUGUUGCACCUUUUCCACCAUCAGAACCAAAAUCUGAUGGGUGUGAUUCAUAUGACCUGGGAGACUUACAGUUGCAGCUGUUGAAUGAGGACAGCUUAGAAACCGCUAACAAUUCAACUGUAACCCUCAACCCCCAAGUGGAUACCAGUCUUGUGAGGAAAAGAGAAGAAAAUAAAGUUCAGUGUCAGGAGCAGAAAAUACUAGAGUCCAAGAGACUGGAAAGUUUUGAUAAAAGCUAUAGAAAGCAGUUAGAUCAGAUUAAACUAAACUGUGUUAGCACCAGAAAAAAAUGGCCAGUUCAAGAAGCAUCAGAGAAAAGCUGCUAUAGAGAGAGAAAACCAAUGAACCUUGAACAGUCUGGUCAUCCCGUUUCAAAAGGAUUAUCACCACCAGAUCCUGUUUCUAAGAGAAGUGAUCCACCACAUGGUCGGGGAACACCAAGCACCAUGUCUAGUGACUAUAUGGCCUGUUUCAGCACACCAGUUGUAAAGAACAAUUUUCUACCAGGAACUCAAAUUUCUACUCCCUUCAGCCAGUUUCCUUUUUAUGUACCACAUACUCCAUCAACUCCAUUUCAAAAUCAAGCUGGCUUGCAGGUUCCAGCUUCUUUACCUUCGCAUGAAUGUCUUACCAUCAAAGGAAAAGUUUAUACAGUAUUAAAGCAAAUAGGUAGUGGAGGCUCAAGUAAGGUGUUUCAAGUACUGAAUGACAAGAAGCAGCUGUAUGCUGUCAAAUAUGUGAAUUUAGAGGAAGCUGAUCAACAGACUGUUCAGAGCUAUAAGAAUGAAAUUGCUCAUUUGAGUAAACUGCAGCAGCAUAGUGAUAAAAUCAUUCGCCUUUAUGGCUAUGAAAUUACUGAUCAACAUAUCUACAUGGUAAUGGAGUGUGGAAAUAUCGAUCUCAAUAGCUGGCUUAAGAAGAAAAAAAACAUUGAUCCAUUGGAACGAAAGAGCUAUUGGAAAAAUAUGCUGGAAGCUGUUCACACAAUCCAUGAAUAUGGCAUUAUUCACAGUGAUCUGAAACCAGCAAACUUUCUGAUAGUUGAUGGAAUGUUAAAACUAAUUGACUUUGGCAUUGCCAACCAAAUGCAGCCAGAUGUGACAAGCAUCGUUAAAGAUUCUCAGGUUGGGACAAUGAAUUAUAUGCCACCCGAAGCAAUAAAAGAUAUGUCUUCCUAUGGAGAAAAUGGGAAGUCUCGUUCUAAGAUAAGUCCCAAAAGUGAUGUGUGGUCAUUGGGAUGCAUUUUGUACUGUAUGACGUACGGAAGGACUCCGUUUCAACACAUAACAAGUCCAAUAAAUAAACUACAUGCUAUUGUUGAUCCCAGUUAUGAAAUAGAAUUCCCAGAUAUUCCUGAGAAGGAUCUUCAAGAUGUGCUAAAGCGCUGUUUAAUAAGAAAUCCUAAACAAAGAAUAUCUGUUUCGGAGUUGCUGGUGCAUCCCUAUGUUCAAAUUCAAAGUCAUUGUCAAACAGAUGUCCCGAGUGCAAAAGGAACAACAGAGGAAAUGAAACGCAUCCUUGGCCAGCUUGUUGGCUUGAAUUCUCCCAACUCUAUUUCUAGAGCUGCAAGGACUUUAUAUGAACAGUGCAACAGUGGUAAAAGUCUUGAUGUAUCAGCGUUUGCGGAACUUGGCAGUCAAAAAACACGGACAACAAAAUGAUGUCCUACAGUUCAGGAUGCAACACAUGUUUGGUCUGUUCGAUAAGUAUUUUGUGCUGCUAGCUUUUAAAGGACACUCAGCAUGAAGUUUGCCUUUUUAUAUGUUCCUUGUGUUCUUUUGAUAAUACUUGCAGGUCAUUAAAAAGAAUAAAAUUGAAUGAUUUUCACCAUG